ACGUAAAAGAGAAGAGUAUAAGAAGAUAAUCUUAUUAGCUGCUGCUUGUGUUGUUCAUAUGGUCAUUGGUGUAGUGACAUGGUAUCAUAAUAACUAUUUUGUUAAGGAACCAACCCGUAAUUGGGAACUAGAACGUCAGAGCUUCCUUAAUCGUCUUUAUAGAGGAACAAAUAAAGAUUGCAUUGAACAAUUGAGGCUUAGUAAAAAUGCAUUUUUUAACCUUUGUAGAAUUUUACAAGAAAAGGGUGGAUUAGUAAGAACAAGAAAUAUUCCAACAACUGAAGCAGUAGCAAUGUUUUUACAUAUCCUUGCUCACAACCUAAAAUAUAGGGUAGUGCAAUUUAGUUAUUGUAGAUCUAAAGAAACCAUAAGUAGGCAAUUCAAUGAUGUCUUGAGAGCGGUAAUGAAAGUGAGCAAAGACUAUUUGAAUUUUCAACCCUGUACUUUAGAAGGUGCGGAAGCAAACAAGUGGAGAUGGUUUGAGAGAUGUAUUGGAGCACUUGAUGGGACUCAUAUUCCGGUUACAGUUUCUCCUGAUGAGAGACCUAGAUAUCGUAAUAGAAAGGGUGAUGUCUCUACAAAUGUGUUAGCUGCUUGUGGUCUAGAUUUAAGGUUUAUUUAUGUGUUACCUGGGUGGGAAGGGUCUACAGGAGAUUCUCAAGUAUUACGAGAUGCAUUACGUCGUCAAAACAAACUUGAAAUUCCAACUGGUAAUAUUUCUUAGA